UACGGGGAAAAACCGGUUUGGCUGACCAGCUGCAGCUCCAACGCCCGUUCUGAGUCAGCCUUACCGGUGUGUCCCCCUUUUUAUUCGUUUCUCAAGACAAAAUGUUACAACAUUACAAAAGGAAUGGACGAACAGAUGGCAAUACCAACAAGAAGAUGAAUACUAAAAUAAAUAUUUAUUCAAAGCUGCAGAAUUGUUCUGCGAGAGAUCGGCAGGUUUCUGAUGGUGCUGAGGAGUAUCCGCGUUGGAGUCAGCAAAGGGGCGCAUCAGCCCGCAUGCGUCGCCGGGUCACACUCCGGGUCACACUGCCGCUCGCAAAGAGAACGAUUCGGGGAAAGAUGAUUGAAAACAUGCACGAUAAAACAAUAAAUCUAAGACUUUGAUUUUUGGUUGAUGUGAGGGUUAGGAAACGAGUGAAUUUGACAGAAUUUGAAUGAUUUUUACAUUAUUUAUUUUUUUUUUCUCCCCAAGUUUGUUUUAAGCCGGCGUUGAUUCAAGUUGACUCCCCAUCAAUUUCGCUGCGAUUUUCUUGGUCGCGAGUGAACGCAACCAGCUGCGGCCGUCAUUACGAAGAAAGAGGAAGAGCGCUUGUUAUUUCCUCCCAAGGUGCCGCAUAUAACCAAGCAGACUUUUUGUCUCGUUAGUUUAUUCGCUUCGCAGAAAGUACUACGAAGGAGUGGCCUCGCGGGGAUGCUUUGUGAGGGGAAACUGCUGAGCAUGGCCUACGGAGAAGCAGAAGAGUCGUCCCUCCCGUGCCGAGAGAGGCGGCAGAGUGCCGUCGGAUCUCCUUCCCGCGCUGCGGGCGGCGUUACGCGCUCGGAGCAGGGGGCCGGCGUCGCCGGCGGGAGUCCUCCGGAAGUCUCCCAGCUGGAAUCUUUGGAUCUGUACAGAACCCAGCUGGGCAGAGAAGACUCGCUGGGAAUUCAGAUCCCCUCUCCCCGCUCGGGGGGCGACGCCACCUUCCUGGUUCCGUCCUUCUGUCAGAGCAUCUGCCAGAACUACAGCGACCUCCACAUCGGGGGCGACCAGGUUCUGCCACUGUCGGCCGACAACCCCGAGCAGGUGCACGCCGACGCCCAGGCCGAGGGUCCCUUCUUGCAGUCCUGUGACGUCCCGCCGCCUGGGGAGGACUCCCCUCCGAGAAGAACCGCACAGAGUGGACUCCUGCUGCCUCUCAGGGGAGGCUCCAGUCAGUGGAGACAGGGAAGCGGUCGAGACCGGAGCUUUUUAUUCCAAGGGCGCGAGGGACCCUUCACCAACUCUCUCCUGAACGACUACCUUGAAAAGAAGCUUCUGGACCUGUUCCAGCAGUACGUCAUGGAAAACAUGGCCAGGAAUUCAGGCCCCACUUGCUCCCUGUUGGGCUCCGAGAUGGUUCUGACCAGCCUGGACCAGAUCACCUCCCAACUGAGCCGGGACAGGAAUCUGGAGGUGGGCGUGGCCAAGGACAUGGUCCUGUCGUGCCUGCUGAGGGUGGCCGGGGAAGUGGAGUCCAGCGAGAUCAGCACCCCGUUUCUGCAAAUCUCCAGUGACGUGUCCAAAGAGCACACCAACCAGUACAAAGAGCAGUGACGCCGUCUUUCAUUCUUUGCUGAUAUUUAUUAGAUGCAGUGCUGUCCGAGAUACGCAGAAAGCCUCAGUUUGGCCGACAAUACCUUCCAAAAAAAUGGGGGGAGGGGCUUCAAGUUGUUUAAUGUCACUCCCAUUUAAGUUUACUGUCAAACUAAACAUAAAAUAUUGAGAACUACGCGUGUAUUUAAGACAGCUUCCAAGUCUCUUAUGCUGAUGCUCACAAGUAAUGCAAAAUACCAUAGAAAGGCGAACGAUGGUAUUGGUGUGGCAGUGUUAUAACCUUUUAAUGAACAAGUACCUAUCAAUGACAUGUCAGAUAAUAAAGCGUUGGCCUCACAGUUCUGAGGUCCCGGGUUCAAUCCCGGACCCGCCUGUGUGGAGUUUGCAUGUUCUCCCCGUGCCUGCGUGGGUUUUCUCCGGGCACUCCGGUUUCCUGCCACAUCCCAAAAACAUGCAACAUGAAUUGGACACUCUAAAUUUCCCCUAGGUGUGAUUGGGAGCACGGCUGUUUGUCUCGAUGUGCCCUGCGAUUGGCCGGCGACCAGUUCAGGGUUUACCCCGCCUCCUGCCCCUUGACAGCCGGGAUAGGCUCCAACACUCCCCGCGACCCUUGUUAGGAUAAGCGGCAAAGAAAAUGGAUGGAUGGAUAUUCUUUAUCCCCUGCAAGGAACACCUGCUACGACUGAGGACAUGUGACCAUUUCCACGUCCUGUAUUUCCUUAUACUGCCCUCAGGUGGUCAAGCUGCACAUAGCAGAAGGAUCAGCAUUAUUUCUCUUUUGAAUUAAAGCAAAAAAACGUGGCAAAAAAUGUUUCAUAUCAUUGCAUUCUGUUUAAUGACGCCAUAACGCUUGUUUAUUUUCAUACUGUGGAGUGAUAUUUUUCAUUCCAAAGCUCAAAGGGUCUGAAAGGUGUCGUCUCGGUAAGUCAUUCGACGUUUUGACGGAGGACCGCGAGUUGGUGGGUGUGACGUCACCAUCGAGGCCGCCUCGUGAGUGUCUGCUGACUGCACAAAAUGCUGCUGCGGCGUUGACGUUUUGAGAUUUUUCUAAGAGCGCUUUCCUUUCGCAGCUCGAGGCGCCCGUGACCUUCCUCCAGCGUGCCUGUCCAAACAGAACGCCGGCAGGAGGAAGCGCCGUGUUUACAGAGCCCAGCGCCGGCCCCGGUCCAAAACUUGGUGUCAAGGCUGCGGAGAAAUUAAUUCUUGCCUUCCCCCACACCCCAAACGUUCCAGGUACACACGGUCCUACGAAACGACCACAGCAAUCAUCUCAACUCACUUUUUAUUGAUUUAUUUUAAAGAUAAUAGC